AUGCUGUGCGGUAGUUGGAGGAGCCGCGGGCGGCAGCCCGAGGAGCCCCUGGUCCCGGCCCAGGUCGCAACGCCUGUAGGGCACCCGUCCCCACCCGCAUCCCAAGACGCCAGCACCAAGAGGCCCGGGCUGCGGGCGCUGAAGAAGAUGGGCCUGUCGGAGGAUGAGGACGUACGGGCCAUGCUGCGGGGCUCCCGUCUCUGCAAGAUCCGCUCUCGGACCUGGCAGAAGGAGCGGCUGUACCGGCUGCAGGAGGACGGCAUGAGCGUGUGGUUCCAGCGGCGCAUCCCGCGUGCGCCUUCGCAGCACAUCUUCUUCGUCCAGCACAUCGAGGCCAUCCGCGAGGGCCACCAGUCCGAGGGCCUGCGGCACUUCGGGGGCGCCUUCGAGCCGGCACGCUGCCUCACCAUCGCCUUCAAGGGGCACCGCAAGAACUUGGACCUGGUGGCGCCCACGGCCGAGGAGGCUCAGCGCUGGGUGCGUGGUCUGGCCAAGCUGCGCGCGCGCCUCGAAGCCAUGAGCCAACGCGAGCGCCUUGACCAAUAUCCUCCCGGGGACACCCACACCUGGAUCCACUCCUAUCUGCACCGGGCAGACUCCAACCAGGACAGUCAGAUGAGCUUCAAGGAAAUCAAGAACCUGCUCCGCAUGGUCAAUGUGGACAUGAACGACAUGUACGCCUACCGCCUCUUCAAGGAGUGUGACCACUCCAAAAAUGAGCGGCUGGAAGGGCCCGAGAUCGAGGAGUUUCUGCGGCGGCUGCUGAAACGCCCUGAGUUGGAGGAGAUCUUCCAUCGGUACUCGGGAGAGGACCGCGUGCUGAGCGCCCCUGAGCUGCUGGAGUUCCUGGAAGACCAGGGCGAGCGUGAGGCCACGCUGGCCCACGCCCAGCAGCUCAUCCACACUUAUGAGCUCAACGAGACAGCCAAGCAGCAUGAGCUGAUGACACUGGAUGGCUUCAUGAUGUACCUGUUGUCCCCCGAGGGGGCUGCCCUGGACCCAGCCCACACACGCGUGUUCCAGGACAUGGACCAGCCCCUGGCCCACUACUUCGUCUCCUCCUCCCACAACACCUAUCUGACUGACUCUCAGAUCGGGGGACCCAGCAGCACUGAGGCCUACGUCAGGGCCUUUGCCCAGGGAUGCCGCUGUGUGGAGCUGGACUGCUGGGAGGGGCCAGGAGGUGAGCCGGUCAUCUAUCACGGCCACACCCUCACCUCCAAGAUCCUCUUCCGAGAUGUGAUCCAGGCAGUGCGAGAGCACGCCUUCACGGUGUCCCCGUACCCUGUCAUCCUAUCCCUUGAGAACCACUGCGGGCUGGAGCAGCAGGCUGCCAUGGCCCGCCACCUGCACACCAUCCUGGGGGACAUGCUGGUGACGCAGACACUGGACUCCCAGAAUCCUGAGGAGCUGCCGUCCCCAGAGAGGCUGAAAGGCCGGAUCCUGGUGAAGGGGAAGAAGAGUGAGGACAGUCGAAUCCUAUCAGACCGGGAGGAGGAGGAUGAAGAGGAAGAUGAAGAGGAGGGAGCGGGGGCCAUAGAGCAGAGGCGGCGGGCCAAGCAGAUCUCCCCGGAGCUGUCGGCGCUGGCCGUGUACUGCUGUGCCACGCGCCUGCGGACCCUGCGCCCCGCCCCGGUUCCACCCCAGCCCUGCCACGUCAGCUCCCUCAGCGAGCGCCAGGCCAAGAAGCUCAGCCGAGAGGCAGGGAACAGCUUCGUCAGGCACAAUGUCCGCCAUCUGACCCGUGUCUACCCGCUGGGGCUGCGGAUGAACUCGGCCAACUACAGCCCCCAGGAGAUGUGGAACUCGGGCUGUCAGCUGGUGGCCCUGAACUUCCAGACACCGGGUUACGAGAUGGACCUCAAUGCCGGGCGCUUCCUCGUCAACGGGCAGUGCGGCUACGUCCUGAAACCCGCCUGUCUGCGGCAGCCCAACACAACCUUUGACCCUGAGUGUCCUGGGCCCCCCAGAACGACUCUCACCGUCCAGGUGCUGACGGCGCAGCAGCUGCCCAAGCUGAAUGCCGAGAAGCCCAAUUCCAUUGUGGACCCCCUGGUGCGCAUUGAGAUCCACGGGGUGCCCGCGGACUGUGCUCGCAAGGAGACCAACUAUGUGCUCAACAACGGCUUCAACCCCCGCUGGGGGCAGACCCUGCAGUUCCAGUUGCGGGUUCCAGAGCUGGCGUUGGUCCGGUUCGUGGUAGAGGAUUAUGAUGUCACCUCCCCCAAUGACUUCGUGGGCCAGUUCACGCUGCCUCUCAGCAGUCUGAAGCAAGGGUACCGCCACAUCCACCUGCUUUCCAAGGACGGGGCCUCACUGUCACCGGCCACUCUCUUUGUCCACAUCUGCAUCCGGGGCUCCUGA